AUGACGUGCAGGAGGCCGAGCCACCGACGGGCUGAUGUCUGGCCAGAGGCCCACGGCAAAAACUUCAUCAGGAUUUCCAGUUCCAUUGACUGGAAGACCAAAUGCCAUGGUCUCAGCCCUGAAAACAACAACAACAACAAGCGCUUCACAGCAUCUGCAGACAAGAAGGUGUAUGAAAGGGUCGCCAAUGCUAAGAAGGAAGACGCAGCACCGCCCACCCUCAAAUUGUCAAACUGGAACGCCGCAUCCAUUCAGACUUCCAGGAUCUGCGUUUGUGGUCGCGUGGAGAGUCACUCUGGCACCGACACCUGUUUGCUCAGUGCAUGGUGCAGCCAGGGUCUAAUGACGCCUGCAGGAUAUCCUCUUGGAGUGCACGCAGAUUCAAACGAUGAUUUGAUUGUGGCAGACUCUUUGAGGGCAGCUGUCGUGAGAUGGACAGGCUACAGGUACGAAGUAAUUGCAGGAGGGAAUGGUGUGGGUUCUUCGGCAAACCAGUUGAGCAGCCCGCUGGGUAUUUUUUUCCAGUCGGGAAACCCUGACAUGCUGUACGUUGCUGAUACUGCCAAUCACCGGAUCGUCGCAUGGCCUCGGGGCAGUGUGACGGGAAAUGUGGUUUUCGGGACAGGCACGCCCGGAGACGGCCUCUCGGAGCUUCGUUAUCCGGCGGGCAUCUACCUCAACAACAGCUUUCUUUACGUGGUGGACUACGGAAACAGCCGCGUCCUACAGGUUGCCAGCGGCACCUCCACGGGACAGCGAGUCCCAGAGGAUGAGGUGCUGCAGCUGCCGAUCCUGCCAACGACAGCAGCCGACAGUUUCUUCGACAGCUUUGGGAAUUUCUACCGCGUGGAUUACGGCAACCAUCGGCUGAUGUUUUGCCAGCGGCAGAUCAUGUGCGCAUUCACGGCCUGCAAAGAUGUAGAUCCUGCUACGGCCCCGGUCCUUCCAGAACCAUUCACGCAGCUGCUUAUGGUCCAAGCUGUGGCUGCGUGGAGGACCGCGCUGACUGCCGAGAGGAGAUGCUCUUUGCUUCAGUUUCUUAUAGUCAGACCCAUGUUCUGGUGCUGUGUCGAAAGCUCAUCAAGCCCGAAGGCUGUCCAUUUUGAAGAUCCAGGAGUCACGGAGGAGCAGACCCAUGUGGUUGGGGCAGAGGAGAUACCCUCCCGUCACAGCAGCCAGAUCUCCGUCAAUGCAAUGCCAGUCCUCAGCGACGAGGAGAACCUCCUCAUCCAACAGUCUCGAGUCAGCGAUAUGAGUGAGACCAAGGAGGUCGAAGUCGUCGACAUACCGGUGCACACGAAGGAGUCGCUGUCCACAGCCGACUCCGCCGGCGCGGAAUCUCAAAAGGACACAUCCUGCACCACAAUGGGUCGCAGAAGCAGGCUGCUUGGUCGGGCAGCAGACUCUCGGUGGAAGCUUCGUCGAGACGAGCUGGAAAUGCAAAAGGAGCUCAGCCGAACGCUCAAGAGCACGCUCUACCUGGCCACGUGGAAGGGUACAGAUGUGGUGAUGAAAUGUGUUGAAGUUCCGGCGAAUUAUGACAGGACGGACGAUCCCACACGGAAAACAUCCAAGGAGAACUUCGAUCCCACCUCGUCGCGUCCGCUCCAUGCUUCGGAGGUCGACCAGGAUCUCUUAGAAGAAUUGCUGCACGAGAUCGAACUUCUUUCCUCCUUGCGGCACCCAAACUUGGUCCUGUUCAUAGGGGCCUGCUUGGACAAGGACGCUCCUGUCAUGUGCGUCACAGAGUACAUGCCCGGUGGAGAUCUGGAGCGUCACUUCAUGACCAUGCGAAAGAAGCAUCAGACACCGACCUGGCGACCGCAAUUCCGACAAGUUAUGGAUUGGAGUUUAGCGGUUGCCCGUGGGCUCAGCUUCCUGCACUCGCGGGAGGAGCCCAUCGUUCAUCGAGACCUCAAGCCGCUAAACCUGCUGCUGACGAGACACGGCGAAGUCAAGAUAGCAGACCUUGGCAUCUCCAAGAUGAU